UCUUUUCUCAACAGUCUCUCUCUCUAAGCCAAAGAAAAUAAAAGUCCCCCUUUCUCUCUCUCAGGAAACGUCGCCUUAGGGUUUCAGGAAAAUUCGCAGUCAAAUUCUACUCAUCUCCCGAAGAAUCAAUCAUCGAAACUUAUCUAAUCCUCUUAUCGUCAAGCUUCUCCAUCUCCCGGUACGGUUUUCUUCGCUUGCCGCUUAAGAUCGAGCACGAAUCUCGCAUCUUGAUUCUCUGGUUCGGAUUCUCUUCAGCUCUAGGUACGUAGAGAGUAUAAUGGUGGAAGUUAAUCAUCAUUAAGGCAUAUGAUCUCCUUCAAGCAAAUCAAUGAGUUCCUCCAUUAAGAUCAACUCGAUAUCAAUAGAUCUCGCAGGCGCUGCCAACGAGAUUAAUAUGGUAAAAUGUGAUCACUUCUCCAUACGUGGAUUCGUAGCUGAAACGCGUGAGAGAGACGAUAGAAAAUGUUGGCCAUUCUCAGAAGAGAGUGUUACUUUGGAGAAUCAACAAAGCUAUCCCCUUCCUUCUUUAUCUGUUCCAAAGUUUAGAUGGUGGCGUUGUAUGAGUUGCAUCAAAGAUAUCAAUGCUGAUGGGAUAAAGGGACUGCAUGCAAACUCAACAAGUAUAAGCGGGGAAAAGCUAGAUGAAACCUCUUCGGUUAUCCCUAGUCAAAGCAAAUUGAAUCCACUAACAAUCACCGAUCAGGAGAAAGAAAGGGACAAUGAUAUUGCAGGUAGUGCUGUUGUGGAGAAUGAGAAUGUAAACUGUGAAAGAGCUCAUAAGGAUGAUCAGACAGUUACAGCUACUACGUUAGUCAAGAAAGUUCAUCCUCCAUCUAUGGAUGCUUCUACUGUUAGAAACAAGAUCAGAAAGCUCGCGAGUCGAGAACAAGUAGGCAACAAGAGAUCUAAAGUAAGCAAAUCAUCAACGGAUGCCAGCAGCUGGAAAGAGAAGCAAAACGUGACAACUUUUGCAUCAUCAGAGAUAGCUGGUGUGGUUGAGGAUACGCCUCCCAAGGCAAUCAAGAAUCGUUAUAAAGACGACAAGGUGUCAUCAGAGAGUAUAAAUCUUGGGUUUCAGCGUAGGAAAACUCGCAAGGUUCGUCUACUCAGCGAGCUGAUAGUUGAUCCCGAGACCAAAGCUAAUGGUGGUAGUAACAAUAUAAGACAAGAAGAGUCUUCUUCUUCUUCGAAGGCUAGAGGUAGAAAAAGAAAGGUACCACCUGAAAACAACUAUGUCAGCCGGAAACUAAGCAAAGGCGGCGCCACUUCUGAUCAAGGUGAUAGUGAUUCAGCAGAUAGUGGGUUUGACAGAGAUCUUAUUAAGGGUAAGAAGAAGAACAGAAGAUUCCAGGUUGUUGACGAGUUUGUACCAUCACUUCCUUCUCAAGAGGGAGUCCAUGAGAAUGAUGCAGCAGGUUCUAGUAAGAGUGCUUUGUCCAAGGAUAAAGAUUCGGUUCCUCAGAGAGCAGAGAAGAAGCUCAAGAAGAAGAAAAACAAGCCUGUAAUAAAGGAUAACGAGAAGAGUAGCCUGAUCAGUUUUAGUUCCAUAAAUACAAGCUCCCAAUCUACUAGAGAUUUAAUGAAUGAAGAAAGGGUUGGCAGUUCACUUGACGACCGUUUGGCUGCAGAAGGGUAUUUCAGAAAACCUAUCCCUCCUCAGGUUAAUAAUGAUAGGCCGGUCACUUCUUUGCAUGUGCCAGAGAAUGCACAUGUUAGGCCAAGUGAUGUAGAAGCAAACAGUCUUCAAGAGUUUGGUUCCUCUUCUAGACCAAACACAGGUGGGUGGUUGAGAACUGGAGUGGAUGCUGUUGACUUCAGCACCACCAACAACAACAACACAGAUAAAGGCAUUGCAGAUCUAUUUUCUGUGCUGCAAAAGGAAGCUUCUGGUGCAGACAGAAAGGGGAAGACAGUAAUGGUCCAAGAACAUCAUGAACCACUCGGAAGCCAAAGCCAUGAUAGAAAUGAGAACACACCUGAAGAGGCAAACGAUGAUAUCACCUUGGAGAUAGCUGAACUCAUGGCCAAAAACCAAUACGAGAGGUGUCUUCCAGACAAAGAAGAUGACGUAAGCAACAAGCAACCACCACAAGAAGAAACGCCACAUAGAUCCAAGAACGCUCUCCUGAUUGAUCUUAACGAAACCUAUGAUAACGAGACUUCACUGGAGGAUACCAACAACAACACAUCAAAACCGCAGCAGAAACCUCUAGACUUCUUCCCAUUAAGACAGCCUUACGUGCCUUCUUCUCCGUUUGGGAUCUUUCCUCCUCCUACUCAAGAAAACCGACCUAACUCCAUCCGGUUUACUUCUGGUCACAACAACCCCCAGUGGCUUGGGAAUGUGCCAACAACUAUGGCUAAUCAGCAUCCAUCUCCGUCCUCAUAUAGAGUAUUACGUGGGUGUAACACAUGCUACCAGAGUGUUCCUCAUCAGUACAGAGAACCAGCUUCUUCUCAUCAGAUCUGGCCACCUUCCAUUGUGCAACGACCACAGUGUCAUCAUCAGACACCAGUUUCUUCUUUCAACAUGGAUCAGUCAACGAGGCUUGGCCCCAGUAAUAACAAUACGUGGAACCUCAACUUUGUUACCCCCAACGGGAAGCAAAGAUGUGAUGGUAAUAGAUCAAUGGACGCCUUCUCUAACGAAAGCUCUAUACCGGCAUUGAAUCUGCUCAGCCUUAUGGAUCCUAGGUUGAGAUCAUCAAACGCUCCCGUUGACCACCAUGGGAACGUUAAUUUCACUAGAAGACAUUUUCCACCGUCUAAGGAACGUAUAGGGCUUGAAACAGGGGACUCUGGUAAGACAGCUUACCCAAGUAAACAGUCUCCUUUCAAUUUUUACAGCAACGGGUUCGCACCUGAGGCUUCCCGGAAGAGUUUCCCUAUCGGUCCACCGCUUGGUACGUCGUCGUUUUCGUUUCAAAACGCACAAGCAGCUCCAUGGAGUCAUCAUCAUCAUCAUCAAGAGAAGAUAAACAAGAGCAAAGACACUGUGUUUCCUGGAAGUAACGACCAAGGGAGAUUCCAGCUUCUCAGGGGAUCUAACUCCAUGAAGCUCCCUUUGAAAGAAAUGAACCAAAAGAGGAAAGCAGAGAGCUCCAGUAACGCCUCUGCGUUGCCUCCUAAGAACAGUUCAGGGUCCUUUGAGUGCAUCGUGAAUAGAAACCCUGCUGAUUUCACCGUUGCUGAACCUGGGAAUGUUUACAUGUUAACGAGUGAAAAUCUUAAGGUGGUAAGAAAACGUGCACCCUACAAGACAAAAGCAAGUUUGUGUAAAGAGGAUGCAAUGAAGCAGACUAAGAAGACCGUUGGUCCAGUUACAGAAAAUGCCUAAAGAUUAAUACAAAAUGGAAGAGGUUUCUUCAGACGGUGAGAGGAAGAGGGAUGCAAAGAGGCACCAGUCCUGUUGAAGUCAAUAAUAAGUCGGAAAGGAAACAGUAAAGCGAAUCUUCUCAGUUACUUCCUGUUCUUGGAUACACAUCUCUUUUUUUUCCUUGUGUUUGAUCACUCAUGCUUGGUAACAUUUAGUGUGUGUAUAUACCUUAAAUUACUGUACUACCCUUGAUAGGUCUUGUUUUUCUUAAGAUAUUUUUGUUGCGCUCUUUUAUUUAUACAGUCACUAUUUAUACCGCUGGCAUUAUCUUUUUUA